CUUGGCCGCUACUGUAUAAUGUCGCUGUUGCCGAAACGAAUAGUCUAUCAGUGAGAUGAGUGUGUAUCAUGACGAGAUUGAAAUCGAAGAUUUCGAAUACGAUGAGGAGGAAGAGAUGUAUUACUAUCCCUGCCCGUGUGGAGACCGGUUUCAGAUCAGCCGUGAAGAGUUGGUAGCUGGCGAGGAAAUUGCCACCUGCCCUAGCUGUUCUCUGAUAGUAAAAGUGAUAUACGAUCCGGACACCUUUGCGGCGGAACAAGACGAAGUAGAGGCGAAUGCUAAAAGCAGCGCGUCGGAGGAUCAGCUGGCAAAAAACUAGAUAAGAAUAGUUCAAGUUGUACAGUUAACAGCCUUUCAAUAAA